AAAAAUGAGAAAGUAUUGCCACUUUAAACUGGAGCCAAAAGCAAGCUCCAUGACUCCAUUGAAUUGAUAUGUCUUGUUAUUGUGGGAGUCUGGCUCUGCUAGGAGUGUACAAAGGAAAUAAGCAAUUCCAACAAUCCAAACAGAAUCCAUACUAUGAUCAUCAUAAAAAUAGUUGUGCAUACAGAAUCCAUACACAACCUAUCCUAAAGAUGCUGCUCUCCGUGGUCUUGCUUCUCUUCAUCUCUUAUUCCACUGCUAGUGAUACCUAUCCAGCCUUCACAGCUUCAUUCAGCAUAAACCCGAUAAAAGAAAACUGUACAUAUUAUAUUUCAGUGAGAUACAAGAAACCAGGAGAUGACAGUUUCACAACUUUCACUCCAUGGUACUUAGCCUAUGCCAUAAAUGGUUCAAAUCUAGUUUGCAAUGAGAAUAGAAAAAUUGUCAGCUUGCAACUCCCCAAUGACAGUGAAGUUCAGUAUCAGCUUCAGAUUCAAUCUGAUGAUAUCUCUGUUACUGAUUGCUGUAUCAAUGCUAGUAGGAGGGUUAGAUUUGACUACAAAAAUGAAACAAAGUUCUACGCCUAUAAAAACUUUUUUUGUGACACAAAUGAACUUUGUCCAAAUUCUUCAUUUCCUACAAGAAUCAUCAAGGUAGGACCUGAUUUCAAUAAACUUAGUCCUGCUGAGUCAAAUUGCUCAAUGCUGAUCAAUAAUGAGAACAUCAGUGUACUAUCUAUGGGGGAAAUUUGGGGCAAUGAUACAAUGUUACCAACCCAAUCUAAAGGAAGCAAUACAAUUAGAUUUUCCCUUAAAAUGGAUGGAUGUGUUCGACCCCUUCCUAUUAAUUCUGCUCCUAAUCCUGUCCUCCUCUCUAUGAUUACUGAUCAAAAUGAAACAAUUCAUUUAGCUUAUUAUGCACCAGUUGGUUAUGAUAAUUGGAUAUCAAAUAUUACUGGGGAUUUAUCUCUGAACAAUAUUUCUAUUUAUUCUCCUAGAUCUCAUGAUGAUGUGACUUUUAUUGAGAUUGAUAUUAAUGACACUAUUGAAGGAUUUUUAUUAGUAUGGACACAGUACCACUAUAUACCUGAAGGGGAACAUUGGACUGUAGCAUUGAGAAAGAAUAAUAAAACCUUUAUUAAUGAACAACAACUUCAUUGCUACAGUAAUGGCAAGCCAAAUGGUGAUAAUAGUUGGAUAUCAAUGAAAUAUGGGAACGGUUCUUCUCCUCGUGUUGUUAGUUUAUGUUUUAAAAGAAAAGGUUAUAAUGAUGCUACAUGUCCAAACUUCACUAUUCCAGUUAAUCCAGCUCCAUCUUCACCUAAUGUUGCUCAUGAUAGUAUCACUUGUAUAUCUAGUGAAAUGACUACUUCACCUAAUGGUGUGACUAGGUCAUCUAAUGCUGUAACAACCACCAGUAUAAUGAGUUUUACCAGUUUCUCUUUUACCAGCUCCUUAUUUGUCACUUCUUCCAUUCAUUCAUUAAGCACUGAAAUUAGUGAAUCCUUGUCACCAUCACCCAGUACUAGAGGCACUUCUUCUUUUCCAUUUGCAACUAGUGCUUCUAUUCCAAUCAGUAGUUCUACUAGUUCUCCUAAGCCAUCAUGUACACCUGAUGGUGUAUGGCCUGAGACACAGGCUGGAGAGAUUGCUAGAGGAACAUGUAAACAAGGAAUAUUCAAUGCUACAAGACAUUGCAGAGAUAAUGGUACAUGGGGUAUCAUCAAUUGUAGUACUUCUGAAUCCUUUGAUAAAAUACUUGAGAAGGCUAUGAAUGAUACUGAAGCUGCUCUUAACUCAUUAAAUGAUAAUUUGACUGAUAUUAAUGUCAAGGAAGUAGCUGUUUUAUUGAAUAUUAUAUCAAAUUUUUCGCAGAAUUUUACAGAAGAUCAGGCAGGGACAGCUUUGAGUAUUGUUGAUGGAAUAUUUGCAAUGGGAAUUGAUGGUCCACAGGAGGAUAAAAGGAAUAUUGGCAGCCAAUUGAUAAUGACAAUGGAUAAUAUUGCACUGAAAUUACAAGAACCUGAUGUUAGUAUCUCAAUUGGAUCCAUUGGUAUGAAUACAUGA